AUGUCAUUACGGCACCAUCCCUUGGCAGCUGCAGUAGCAAGCUUACUAUUGGCCUCAUUACCAGCUUGUCAAGCCAGCAGCCCUUCAGCAAUCGUUAUCCCCCCUAGUCAGUACUUCGAGGGGAAUGAUGGCCCUUGGAGUAGUUUCAACGUGCGAGUCGGUACAACACCCCAAGAUGCCCGAGUUCUCGUGUCCACAGCCGCACCAGAGACGCUGGUGAUUCUUUCGGAAUAUGGCUGCUCAGAAAGGAUCUUUGACGAUGUCCCUACGAAUUGCGCUGUUUCGCGAGGCAACCUAUUCAACCCAAACGAGUCCUCGACAUGGCAUAAUCUUGGCGUCUUCGGUAUCAAUGAUGGAGAAGUCGGUCUAGGGGCAAAUCUGGGAUAUCAACAGCCGGCGCAAUUUGGCUUGGAUGUCCUUGGUAUCGGCCUUGUGGAUGGAAGUGGAGGGAUUACCUUGAAGAAUCAAACUGUUGGUGGUAUUGCUACGGCAUCUCCGUUCUACCUGGGAAUCUUUGGCAUCAACAACCAGCCGUUGAACUUCACAACCCUUGGCAACUUUUCUGCACCUUCGUUCAUUACCACACUCAAAGACCAAAAGCGCAUCCCAUCUCUCAGCUGGAGCUACACCGCAGGCGCAAUCUAUCGUCUGAAAAAGGUCUAUGGUCAAUUAAUCUUUUCCGGCUACGAUAUCUCUCGUUUCACCGAAAACGCCGUCACCUUCACCAUGGCUAACGACAUCACCCGUGAUCUUGUGGUAGCACUUCAAGCCAUUACCUACAGCGGCGCUGAUCAAGCCUCUCUGCUAUCUUCACCAAUCAAUAUUUACAUUGACUCGACUGAUCCGAACAUCUGGCUACCAAAAUCAGCUGUCGAAGCCUUUGAAACCGCAUUCGACCUCACCCUUGACGAAGACAGCAACCUAUACCUGAUAAAUGAUACACACCACAACUCGCUUCUCAAGUCGGACGCUGAGGUCUCCUUCCGCUUGUCAGAUGUUCUCGAUGGUGGCGAUACCGUUACAAUCACACUGCCUUACAAGGCGUUCGCGCUCCGAGCAGAAUAUCCAUUGGUUGAGAAGAGUAGCUAUUACUUCCCUCUCAAGCUGGCCGCCGACGAGUCACAGUACACACUUGGACGGACCUUCCUGCAAGAAGCCUAUUUAACGGCCGACUACGAACGACACGUUUUUAACGUAUCACAGUGCACUUGGGAUGGGGGAGCAGAGGAGAAUCUCGUCACCAUUCUUCCCAAGAGCUCCCAGUCUAGUUCGAAUUCUGAUGACGGAAAAGAUUCAGACCCGUCAGAUGACGAUAAAUCUCCCGACAACAUGGAACAGAAAUCAUUGAGUACUGGUGCAAUCGUCGGCAUUGUUAUUGGAGUCGUCGCUGCUAUCGCUGCCGUUGUAGCCUUCUUCAUAAUCCGGAGACGUCGGCAGCCCGCAAAGCAACCGCUACAUGGGCCAACGCGAAAUGAUGAGACUGAUACAAGCGCAGACUCUCCUGGGUUCGGCAAGAGCGAGUUGCAUGCGGAUGCCAUCGAACUCAGACCCCCUCCAGAACUAAUGGGCGACGUUAAUCACCUCCAUGAACUACAUUCUGAAUCAAAAGAUGCGGUAGGCCAGACGGGUAGAGGCUCUCCAUUAUAUGAGCUCGUGGGGAGCGAUGUGCCAAAGGUUCCGGCAGAGUAUAGUAAUCAGCCAUCUCCGGCUCCAUCAGUGGUCGAUGGUGUGGAAGGAGAAAACCGUUCAACUAGCCCUUUGACACAAGCCAGCUCAAAGAAGGGUGAUAAUCUUGAGGUUCCCAAGGCAUAA